AUGAAGCGACACUUCAGCCUCUUCUUUGGCAAGAAGACCGAGGCUUCUUCGAAGGACCCACGGAUGGAUAAAGCAGACGAUAGCGUUCUAGCAGAUCCAAUAAUUCGACAGUCGCUUCAUAGAUCUCCGCCACGCCUGCCAGCCUCGGACCGAUCAAGUCCUUUUAAAGUGGGCUUCGAGUCGUCUCGAUCCCAAUCAAGUCUGCCCGAUGCUAACAACGGCAAAGCCCCGAGUAUGGGAGGGAUUAUAGUGGACACUUCCGCUGGACAAGGUCGGGACAGCCUCAAGCCCGGCACGAGGCAGAUUGCGCGAAGCGCCUCGGCCGGACCUUCCAAUCACAAGCAGCAUAGGGCGUCCGAAGAGUACCAAACCCGAGCGCCAAGACAGGAGGUGCAAGCCUUCAAUGAAGAGAUCCUGAAGAAGUUCGCUGCACGCACUUCUCACUGGCAAUCACCCUUGAAAGUCCGAGCGGAGGAUAGAGCCAGAGCACGGCAAGACAGUCUUGCUCGACUCCCACCACCACGAGGUCUGGGUGCAACUGUACGCUCGGGACAUGGUCCGACUGCCGCUGGGCCUGGAAAAGGUAUACAUGCUUCGGGUAGGCAAUUCUCCGCUAUGAGUCUGGCAGACCGCCUAGGAUUGGCUAAAGAGCAUGAGAAUGAUGAUGAAGCUGCGUAG